AUUAAAAAAAUAAUUUUAAAAUGUCGUAACCGAAGGAUUGAUCCUAAACUAAGGGGUUUAAGGAUCAAAUCCUUAAUCACGUGGCAAGGCGGGAGUGGUCGUGGUAGGGGUUGUGUUUCGUAUGUGGAAAAAAACAUUCAUUCUCUUUCUCCGUCUCGAAAAAAAAACUCUCCCGAAGGCGAAAGGCGAUUCAGAGAUCGUGAAACGGUGAAGGUAAAUCGCGUGCUCUUAACUCAAUAUUUUUGGAUUAGGUGUUGAUGCAUGUUGAUUAGUCAGUUCUAGGGUUCUAUCGUGUGGUAAAAAUCGAUUUUAGGUUUCAAAUCGAAUUGGGGAUUUUUUUCGAUUUACGGUUUUCGUCUAGGUUUGUUAUUUUCUGCAUCUCGAAUCGGUUCUUUGUUGUUUGAGAGUUCUAUCGUAUGGUUUUAAUAGAUAUAGGGUUUGAAAUUGAGUUGGGAUUGACUUCUGGAUUGAUUUACGUUCCGUGAAGAGUUAUAAAUAAUUUUACGGUUCGAGAUUGAUUUGUAAAUCGAUUACGGGUUCGGGAUAGUCGAAACCAUUUGUGUUAAGCUAUCCUUAUAGCUAAUUAUGAAUCUGAUAACAUGAUUUUCCUUGCAGGUUUUGAAAUGGAGGAAGAACUUCGCGAUAAGAAAGCACAAAAAGAGUACUACAACAUGAUCGAUUUUGUUGCAAAUGCGCAACAGGGGAUUCCCAAAAUUUGCCCCUGUGGAUCAAUCACGAAAGAAACCGUUGAUGAAGAUGAUACGUACGACUACCUCCCGGGAAAAAGAUACUUUAUCUGCAAAGACUUUGAGAAUGAUGGGCUGCAUUUCAGGCAACCAUGGGUUACGGCUAUUCAUGAAGAAGUUGAGAGGCUCAAAGAACGGUAUCACGAGCAGGCGAAGCUUCUGAGAGAGUGCCAGGCAGUUAAGGUGAGUGAUGAGUGAUCUGUUAUGUCUUUAGGACUUUACUUAUAUGUGGGUAGGACUAUAGUUCUGUAAUAACUGUAUGAUGUAUGUUCAGGACGAGGUGAGAAUGCUGCAGGACGAGGUGAGAAUGCUGCUUAUG